AUGGGUCUCCUCGACAAGUUCAAAACUCUGAGUUUGGCCAACACAGCCUCGGAAAAAUUCAGCGCAGAAGCUGAAAUUUCCAAAAUCGUUCCCAUCGCAGACUGCUCUCCUACAGAUUGUGACUCAUGUGUAUUAGACACACGUUACCCUCCCAUGGACAUUGAUCAGUCGCCUCUCUACAACACCGCUAAGCCUUUUGGGCUACAUCUGGUUGUAGCUACAGGCUUAAGUGACUGGAAGAAGAAGUACUUGGACGACAAGUCAUCAGUAGCAGGAGCUUUGGAUGAUCCGGACGUGGCAGAGGCGGUUGCGACAACGAUGAAAAAGUUUUAUCCUACAAAGCCUCUAUCAGACUUGGGCACCAAGAUCUCGAACUCCAGUUUACCACCACCAGACGAGUAUUACAUGUAUGACGACAAACGCCCUUCAUCCUCAGAGUCUGUUUCUGCUAUGGAACGUGGGAAGGGGGUGAUCGAAGAUAGCUACGGCAAGCCAAAAGAUUCUUCUAACGAUCUGAUGACACGACCCACAAAGGUCCUUCUCCUUCCUCUGUUCCUUGAGAUCACGCUCACUCCAGAAAAUGCUAGGAGCGAAUUGGUAGAGGCUCUGGGAAAUCUCCAUGAGCAGCCUAAAAAGCUGACAAAGAAUACCAAGCGUGCCUACGUUCUAUUGUGUUCCCACAAAACUGUGGAUAAACGAUGUGCCAUUACCUCUAAGAUUCUGAAGAAAGAAUUUGAUGCGCAACUACGUGAUAAGCAGAUUCACGAUGUGGAGGUGGCAUUCGUUUCUCAUGUCGGCGGCCACAAGUUUGCUGCGAAUGCCCUUAUCUAUCUAUCCACAGGCGAAUCCAUUUGGUUGGCUCGUGUCGGCCCAGAGCACGUCUGUGCGAUCAUAGACGAAGUCAUCGAAAAGGGUAAAGUUUUUCCAGAACUCGUCAGGAGCGUGGCUAAGUGCCAACUUGAUUGGUAA